ACAUUAAACACCUUAAAAAUGGUGUGUCAAUGUGUCAUGUGUGAGUAAUGAGUGCCCACUGCCCAGGCCAGUGUUGACAACUUGACACCCGAGCGAACAAAAGGUACCGUGGCUAAUUUCUCACUACAAAAUCAGUUUCAAAAUAGGGGGCGCACGUUAGCCUGACUGGUAAGCGCAAUUUAGCACGGCCGCCAUCCCCAGUGGCGGAGAAAAAAAACCAGCUCAGUCCAAAGAAGACACACAAGAUAGAAACAAACAAACCGGGUUCGAUCACUUCGAUGUCCGUUUCUGUAAGCUCAGCUAAGGCCUAAGCGAUAAUCGAUCCAAUCAUCAUUCUCUACUUCAACAUUGUUACUUUCUUCACCAAGUCAAAUUAUAUUUGAGCUCGUUUCAGUUUCAUCGAUCUAUAAUCGGAGCCAAAAUAUCUAGUUUUGAAAAAUAUUGAAGGCGCCGCAGAGUUAAAAGAAGAAGCGUGCAAUGGUGGAAUGAGGAUAAAACAGAAAAGAGGAAGAUGGCGAGAAGCAACAGUUCCUACAAGAAAAUCACACUCUUGCUAUGCUUCUUCAACAUCGCACUUCUACUCUACGCUCUUCGCACUCUCUACGCUUCUUUAUACAUCUACUCCGGUAACGUUUCACGCAAUAGUGUAUUGUAUAACCCAGAUCAGAUUCGGAAAAUGGAGGAAUCUAUCCGAAUACGAAAGGAGUUUAAACCGGAGGAGUUAAUUAAAUUGGUGAAGGAUUUAGAAGGGGAGUUUUCAACCGAAACUGCGGCGGUUGAAUUGCCUCCGCCUUUGAAACAGAGUAUAAUUGAUGAGAUGCUGCAGAGACUAACCAACUUGAACUCUACUCGCACAGAUAUUGCUAAGGAACGAGAAGCAGUUGAAAAUUGGCGAAUGGAAAAACUGAGAGAGGCUAAGUUGGCUCUUGUGAGUAGGACUUCCAACUCAGCCAUUCCCCAUGAAGAGGCUGGUAUGCUAGCAAGAGCAUUGGAGUCUGAUUGGGCUGCAAUUUGUGAAGAGAUUGGCCUUUGGAUACCUGUUCAAGUUGUUAAUACAGAACAUGAAGACAAACCUGAGGGUGCAGAGGGGUUUGAGGAGGAGGUUCUUCCUGGCAGGUCCCUUCCACCUGAGUGCCAUGCUGAACUUCACACAGAUUAUGAUGGUGAUGCAGUAAGAUGGGGUCUCACCCACCACAAGGCUAGUGCAGCUGAUUGCUGUCAAGCUUGCUUGGAUCAUGCGAAACAUGCCAAAGAAGGUCAAAAGAAAUGCAAUAUUUGGGUUUAUUGCCCAUCUGAGUUUGGGUGUCAUUCACCAGAUAGAUAUCAACACAAACAUCAGGAAUGUUGGCUUAAAUAUGCUGAGAAACCUCGAUUGAAUUUUAAGGAUAAAUAUCCUGAAUGGUAUCGGAACUCACACCCAUCAGCACCAGUGGUUGUUCCAUGGGUCUCUGGAAUUGUUAGUGUAUGAAGCACAUGACCAACACCAUAGUUGAUCUUCAACCAGAUGCUGCCUUGUAUACUAUAAGACCACAAAGCUAGUUCAGGCAAAGCCUGUGCUGCACCGCUGGAUUCUUCUACUUUUCCCGAACAUGUGCUUUUUUUAUAACGAAAUGAACUGGGUUGCAAACCAUUUUUCCAUGGUCAUUUAGGACUUGGUUUUGGUCAAAAGGAAGACAUCUCAGUGCCAAAGAUUUUUUCACCAUGGUCGGUUUAAGUUUACAGUUAGGGAAUGUGACUUUAACCGACAAGGAGAUCAUUUGUUGUAAGUUAUUUGAUAGCAUUAACACUGAGGAAAUGUGACUUUUACAGAAAAGGGAGUUGUUUGUUGUAAGCUAUCUCUGAUAAGUAACAUAAUUGAUUGUUCUCCAUGGGAUUUGGAAUCCUAUUAAUAGCAGCAUAAUGCUUGUUCA